GUCAUUACCACUUUAAAUGACUCAGGAAGUGAAAGGAGGCCGCCUGACAAGGAAAGGGAAAGUGGAACCGGGGCGGCACGGGAGCCGGCGGCGGCGGCUAUCUCGCCGCUGUAGCCGGAGGCCGAGCGGGCGGCGCGGCGCGGGGGCCGACGGGGACGCUGGGCGGCCGCGCCGGAAGUGCCCGGCUCGGCAGAGGAAACGCGGCGGCCGCGCGGAGCAGGCCGAGCCGGCGCGGAGGCCCUUCUCUGCUGGCCCUUUUGGGGGCUGCCGUGGCCCCAGGUCCCGCUCCGAGACGCGGCGCGGCCCAGACGGGCGGCUACUCCCGGGGAAAGGACCCCGGGGAGGGGGAAAGAGGCCGUGCGAGGGGAAGGCGGCGAGCUCGGAGGCCCGGAGGCCUUGGCCGCGCCCCAGCACCCACAUGGCCUCUGGAGGGGGCGCGGCCUUCGAGGAACUGCCUCACGACGGCACGUGUGACGAGUGCGAGCCCGACGAGGCUCCGGGGGCCGAGGAAGUGUGCCGAGAAUGCGGCUUCUGCUACUGUCGCCGCCACGCCGAGGCGCACAGGCAGAAGUUCCUCAGCCACCACCUGGCCGAAUAUAUCCACGGCGCCCAGGCCUGGAUGUCGCCAGCUGACGGGGAGGGAGCGAGGAAGGAAGCAGUCAGGGCCAACGGGGAGCAAGAGAGGGAGAUAGAAAGCGAGGCCGGGGAAGAGAGCGAGUCUGAGGAAGACAGUGAGUCGGAAGAAGAGAGCGAGACGGAGGAAGAGAGUGAGGAUGAGAGCGACGGAGAGAGUGAAGAAGACAGUGAAGAAGAAAUGGAGGAUGAGCAAGAAAGCGAGGCAGAGGAAGACAACCAGGAAGAAGGGGAGUCUGAGGCAGAGGGAGAAACUGAGGCAGAAAGCGAAUUUGACCCAGAGGUAGAAAUGGAAGCAGAGAGAGUAGCCAAGAGGAAGUGUCCAGACCAUGGGCUCGAUUUGAGCACCUAUUGCCAGGAGGAUAGGCAGCUCAUCUGUGUCCUGUGUCCAGUCAUUGGGGCCCAUCAGGGUCACCAACUCUCCACCCUAGACGAAGCCUUCGAGGAAUUAAGAAGCAAAGAUUCAGGCGGACUGAAGGCGGCUAUGAUUGAAUUGGUGGAAAGGUUAAAGUUCAAGAGCUCAGACCCUAAAGUAACUCGGGACCAGAUGAAGGUGUUUAUACAGCAAGAAUUUAAGAAAGUUCAAAAAGUGAUUGCUGAUGAGGAGCAAAAGGCCCUUCAUCUAGUGGACAUCCAGGAAGCAAUGGCCACGGCUCAUGUGACUGAGAUACUGGCAGACAUCCAAUCCCACAUGGAUAGAUUGAUGACUCAGAUGGCCCAAGCCAAGGAACAACUUGAUACCUCUAAUGAAUCAGCUGAGCCAAAGGCAGAGGGUGAUGAGGAAGGACCCAGUGGUGCCAGUGAAGAAGAGGACACAUGAAGACUUGCCAUCCCCAGUGGAAAAUCAUCCCCUCCCCUUGUGUGUGUAUGUGACAGCGUGUAUGUACCAGCUUCUGAUUUCUGUGAAAGCUGCCCAGCAACAAACGUACUUCCACCGGAUAUGUCCCCAGAUUCACAGCAGCACAUAUCUUUCCAAGGAAUGACCAGUUUUAUGCUUACUGACUAUGUGCUUCUCGUUCUCUCAUUGUGGUAGGUCAAGGAAAAAGAGCCCCUUUGAUCAACCAGGAGCAAUUAAGAAGGGUUCUUCAGGUAAUCCCUCAAUGGCUGCUUCGAACUUACUCUGGAAAGCCAGCUGCUGUGAUAUUGUAUAACCAAACAGUAUCACUUCAUUAGGAAGGAUCUGGAAUAAUCUUGAAGGGAAGUCAAAGUUUUUUCCCUACCUGCUUACAAAAACCCCACUUUGUUCAUAUUGAAGCAUGAAAUAAAUGAGGGCAAAAUAGGGCUGAAUUGACUCAUGUAGACAGUCUCUGAAAGUCCAGUUUUACAUUUGUGAAAAUGCGGUACCAUGAAUUAAGAUGGAUGACUUGAAAAUGGGGUAGGAGAAAGAGUUAAAGAUAUAGAUAUUUUUAGUACAGAGGUUAUCCAGGACUUCAGAUUCAUAAUUCAGUGCUGUGGAAAUGAAAAAAAAUGAUUGAAGGAGGUGGAAAGGAAAUGACCUUGCGGGGGAGAAAAAAAGAGGACCAAAGAAAUCUGAUUAAAAGUUGAAAUCAGUAUUUCUGAAUUCAAAUUGCCUAAGUUUCUGAAACAGUCACUGAAGGAUCUGAUAGAACCUGAAUUAUUUGGGUGAAUUCUGCAGGUCUUAUAGGCUUGUCAUAACAUGAAAAGCUGGAAUGUAUAUUACCAAACGCAUUUUCAGUGUAGGUUUUUGCUGGUCCUAUCCCCAAUUAGCCUAAUUUGGCCUAAAUGCAGUGUGGGAAAAUUCUUGCCGUAUCAUAGUGUACUGAAUUCAGCUCCACCUCCCAGCAAAUAUAUCCUCUUUUUACUCCAACUGGAACCCUUUUUUUGUGGCAGUUUCCACCCACAGUCCUUUAGAUCAUCUCCCACACCCUGGCUCUCUCCUAAAUAACAUGAGCAGAGACACACCUGAGGUUGGACAUCCUUUACUUUCCCCACUUCCAAAUCACAAUUCCUUACCAUCAAGCUUUUUACUCCCAAAUAAAUAGGCAGUGAUAUGCUAGGGGAAUACAAAAUUGCAAGCUCAGAAACUUGCAUCUUCCUGAAAAAACAUCAGUUUUACUUAACAAAUGGUUUGGAGUCAGGAGAUGAUUUUAUUUUUAUAUAAAACAAUUAUAUUAUGGACUGGAAUGUUCAUACACAGAUAAAAUGGAAGACUUUUUCAAGGUAAUUCUUAUUUGCAAAUGGGCUAUGUGCUCUCUGUCCUCUUCCUUUAGUGGUAUUUUGAUGUUCAGUUUUAAGGAAUACAGUUGGAACCAUAUCCAAGCAACCUUGGGGGUGCUGCUGACCCAGGGCCUAGACUUCUAGUGCCUCUGAGGCAGAAGGAAAAGAGCCUGCACUGGAGGAAAUCCCUCUCUUCUUGCCUGCCUGCCUGCCAGUGACCUGUGUACCUAUCAUAAAGCUUUAGGGCCAGCUGAUUUGUAUGUGUGCAGGGUGGUUUUGAGACAGAAACAAUACUUGCUUACUCUAGGAGUCCUAAUUAUAGCAUUGUUCAAUCCUGUGCAUGCUAUGAAAUGAUUUAUUCCUUUGAGGCCAGGGAACUACCAGGCAUAUAGACUUCUAGGUUAGUGUUACCCUAGCUCACUAAAUGUGUCAGAAUAUUGGGGCUGUGAGGAGUUUGAGCUUUUUUAAAAAAGUUUUUCUCUCAAACUAGUGGCCAAAAAAUGGCUAAGAUAAUUUUGGUGCUUUACCUAUUUGUCUGCAAAGCUAGAGAAUUUGACAUAUCACUAAUUACAGCCUCCAGCCAUAUCCAACAAGACUCCCCAAAAGAAGAACCAAUGGCCACUCUUGAAAGAAUUUAAGAUAUCAGAAGAUAAAAAGACUGUAGGAUUUGGAAGUUUGUGUUGUCUUUGCCCAAUAAGCAUUGCUUCAUCUCCAAGUAGUAUUCUUAUAUUAGCAAUGGGCAGAUUAUUGGCUUUCCAUACCCAAUCAUAAGUUAUUACUUUAAAUCAGCAUUUGGAAAAUUCAAGCAUUUAUGUAGUGGAUAUAAACGGAAAUAUAAAAAUGUGUGCCAACCUAUCUCAAUAAAUUAUAAUAUCUGUAAUUCUCAAGGAAAGCACUUUUGUUUUUACUUAGAAAGGGUUUCAGAUUUGCUUUAUGGGCUUCUGCUGUCUUCAGCACCUGAUAAAACUUUAACCAGGGAAGCAUUAAACACAGUGCAGUAGCUUCUGUCCAGGCUCCUCAGUUCCUUCCGGCAGCAUUUAUCAAUGUAAGAAUUAGGAUGCUUCCUGCAGUGGCACCAGCUUCCGCAGAGCUGGAGCAUGCUGCUUGGCCUUAAGCCCCAGCAUGGUGAGGUUUCCCUCCUGCUAGGUCAGUAAAAGUUAGAGUGCUCAGGAUUGUGUCCCAACUGGCUGCAGGCUGCAGGAUUUGCUGAAAUCUCUAGGAAAAUCACCAAGGGAAGGAGUUAACAAAUGUUUCCAGAAUGAAUCGGGUAUUCACAGAAAUUCUUGGCUACCUUUCAAAUGUUAGGUUUCUGAAUGCCGAGAGGGAUUUGUCCUUUGAGUUGAUAUCAUUAAGUCUAGGACAGUCCCAAGAAGUGGUUGGAGUCUCAACUCUGACAGCCCAGGAAGGUAAAUAAGCUGUAUUGAGGACUAACCAUGAGCCAGGCCCGGUACUACACCCCCAUUUCUUAGAUGAUAAAACAGAUACGGAGUGGAAGAGUCACUUGCCUCAAGUUACACAGCUCAGAAAUAUUGGAGCCAGAUUUUGAACCCAGCUGUCCCUAACUCUGUGGGAAGGCCCUUUGUACUAAACCAUGGCACACCUAAAAAUACAGAGGGAGAAAAAGGCUUCAGGUCUGCCACUACAGUCUGAUCAUCCCGCUUUAUGAAUUCUUUUUCAAAAUGACAUAUCAUGGCUAUAAUUUGGGCUCAGAAAUGGCAUUAAGGCGGUCUUAUUCCUCCACUUUAGCAGAUGCUUUGAAUACUCGUUGCUAAGUUGAGAACACUCCCAGGAGUCGGGGGAACCUUUCCUUUUUGGUGCCAUUUCCAUAAAUAAGGUGUUUCUUGGCCUUCAAUAGUAUAGAGCUUUUCAGAAAUAGUAAAAGUUAAGGGUGUUCUGCAUUUGAAAAUGUCUGCCGCUUCACUGCUGCAGAAAAAGAAGUCUUCAUAUUUUAAUAAAUAUAGCCACCAGUUUUUUUCUCUGUGAGGAUAUGUUAGUUCAAAGUCCAGUGAAUCUGGACUCUCUUGCUGAUACCUAGAGGGGGUGUGCAUGUCCCUAUAUAUAAAUUAUAAAUGCUAUAUGUGUGUAUGUGUAUAUACAUACAUACAUGUGUACACACACAUGCACACACAAAUUAUUUAAGAACUAAGAGAAACUCAAAGUAGCCCCCUCAUUAUCUUGCAUACCACUGCAAAGGUUUCUGCCAGCACUAAUUACAAGUACCACCAGAUAACUAGAAGAAGAGUAACUCACCUGCAAAGGUUGUCAGCUCCUGAAGCACCAAGCCAAGGUGACAGCCCUGAAGGAAAGUGCACUUCACCCCUCUCUCAAGAAGUCUAAUGUCGUGAGUAAUUUGGAUGCCCAGACAUUUUGGUGACCUGAGAGUCUGACCUCUCCAGUUGGGCCUGAGGGCACAACUGCAGAAUUCACAACCUUGUAGUAGUGGCAGGGCCUGGGAAGUCCUCUCCCCGACAUAGAAAAUAUUCUCCUGCUGAUUCCUGAAAUUACUCAUUCACAUAAUGGCUAUUGAAUACGUGCUUUUCAGUAAGAAAAUCAGUUGCAUGUUUACUAUGUGCUGAGCACAUCCAGAAUUUUUGUUUUUAAAAAAAAAAAAAAAAAUCUCAUUAUGGAUCAAGUUCAACUCAGCCCUAAGAGAAAAAGAAGGCCCAUAGGGGAGACUUCAGAUUUCAUUAAUAUCGCCUUUACCCAGCAGUGUUUCUGUAGCCCCCUACCCUAGCCUAUUCCAAAAGCCCUAAGACCAGGCAGUUCCUACCUCUGGAGGCCUGCCUGGCAAGACAGUAUCAUUUGGAAUUUAGAACACACCAGAAACAGCAGAACAAGGGCCAGAGUAGGAAAAUGAAAAUAAAUGAAGACACUUGUGGGUACACUGAUGCAAAAAAAAGCCACAGAGCCCAUGCUAGGCUUGAUAUGACCUUGAGGGGACAGCAGAUUUAUACCUGAUGGGAGUUAAACCUGACCAGUCUUUCUACAGUGACAGGCCACAUUGCAUGACUGGGGAGAACCAAUGAAUCCAUUGUCCUCUGCCUGUUUUCCUGUGCACAGUCACAUUCCCUCCUUAGUCAUUUUCCCCUUCCACCUUCACAUUAAACAAGGGAACACUCAGUCUUUCAAGGGAAUUACACAUUUGAGUUAAUGUUUCAGUAUAUCAUUUUCAUACUGUAAAUUAUUUUGUAAGAGAUUUAUUGCUAUCCCAGGAUGUUCGGACUCGGUGCUCCUGUGCAUUUGGAAAUCAAUAAACUAUUACUGGAAAUACCA